AUGCCAUGCAAAGGAGGGGAUGACACCUUCAAAGGCCAGCCCUUCUUCCUUAGAAGCGCCGAAGACUAUCGAGAAGGUUUGCAGAGUGUCCCCAGAACGGACUUUGGAUUGAGUGGAGAAAGACAUUCGAGGGCCAUCCAGACUGUAGACCACCAAACAGAGCAACACCUAGAAUGGCCACUGCAAGUACCUCUGGACAAAGCCCCUUCGGGCUGGGCAGGAAGAAGAGGUCCCCUGGUCUCCUGGAUAAAAUUGGCAGGUUCUUCGGAGGAGACAAAAAGAGAAAGGGAAAGAGACCCCAGCACUCUUCCACCCGUCGUCGUGGAGAUGUCAACCCUGUGGUGCAUUUCUUCAGGAGCUUUGUGUCCUCUCCUCGUCCCAAGUCGAGGUGGAGAGAACUAUUGGGCCUGGCAUCCCCGUCAGCACGUGGCUCGGAGAGCAUUAGAUCGCCUCACAGACGCAGAAGGGAGCAGAAAACACUCUCCAGAAUCUUCAACCUGGGAGAAAGCCGAUCUCGCUCUCCACCCAAACGCUGGAGCACCAUCUUCUGAGCCCAUCUCCGACCACAAAAACGCCAAGAUGGAAGAGAGUGAAACGGAUGAAAAGCAAAAACUUGAGAGGGAGGAUCUCUGCCCUAUAUAUUCACAAGUAGCAGCGAGUUUAACAGACUAACAUUGGCCAUCUUCGCUUCCUAAAUAGAGAUACAAUCCAAGUAUCUGUUGUUACAUGCCUGCAGGGUUUCAUAAGCAUGUGUUGACUGUAUGUGUGCAAAACUGCUGCAAUAGUUGUCAAUGGUCAGGAGAUGUGAUAGUCGAACGUUUAGUUGCUAUAUUGGAAGUCUCCCUCCAAAAUUCAGUUCAAAAAUUUUUAAGAGGAUCAUCAUCCCUUAGAAAAGCAGAUUAACCAAAAGGUUUGAUUAUUAGUCUUAAUUGACUGAACUAGACAGAGUAUUUCUCAGUUUGAACCAUUAAACAUAAAAGUAAGAUAUAACAGGCAUCGAGACCCAUCAUUGUAUAAUUCUGAAUUUACCUCAGAUGUAGCUUACACAAUGGGUUGCUUGUGUGCUAUCCAGCAUUUGAUGCCUGCCAUUAGUCAUUGUGCUACAGUGAAGAAGCCUCUCCAUGUUUGAGAUCAAUGUUCAGCCUCAGUGAUGUGCAGUGUAUUUGUGGAUGUUUACAUUAAUUGUGGUCCCUGUGUUGUGUUAUAUAUUGGUUAUUUCCUUUGUACCAAGAACUAUGUAUAUAGGAUUUUUUAUUGUGUUUUGAGCAAUUAAAAAAAAAAAGAAAAAUGAUGACCAGUUAACAUUUAAUACCUAAUAUUAAAUUUGAUUUAUUUGAGUAAUUAUUUACCUCUUUAAUUAGAAACUUGCCUUAAAAGUUGUUAAUCAAAGACUAAAAACAUGAUUUUGUGGACUAGGGAAUAGAUUCUAAGCAUAUCUUACGCUUGGAUUGUAUGCCCUCAGAUGUUGCACUGCAGUAAGUGUGUUAAAACAGCCUGUAAAUGUUGUCUGCGUCAUUAUGUCUGCAAUUUUGAUGUUAUUUUAGAAAGGUCUCAUGUAAUUACCAAGGGUAGGAUUAAUAUUUAAAUAACAGACAUGCAGAAAUCUAGGAGAAACAGUCAGUGGGAGCAUAAAGGGUACGAAACUGGUGAGGAAAAGGAAAGAAACCUGAAAGUGUAUGAGGGAUAAUGUGAGAAAUGAUAAACGAGGAAUUCUGAAAGAGUACGGUGGAGUUUAUUCAGCUGAUUUUUUUUUUCUUUAUUUUCUCUGUAAUGUUUCUCACGUGUCUUAAUAAUGUUCAUUGUUUCGUGUCUCAUAGACUCUUCCUGUAUGUACUGUUUCUGAAAUAUUGCUGAAUAAACAUUAGGUCAAAUAUUCUCCCUGUCAGCGCUGGAUUUGUCUCCAAAAUGGUGCUACAUUUAUAUAAUGCACAGGAUAUUCCGAAGUGGCCAGGUGUUCUCAUGUAAUAUCUUUAACCCUCUCUUUAUUUAUAAAGUAACGUCAAAUAAAGAAUCGGAAAUGUA